AUGUCCUCCCGCUUCGUCUCCGGCGGCACCAUCGCCGGCGACGCCAGUUCCCCCACCACCAACACCGACAGCACGCCCGCGCCCGCGCCCUCCACAGCGACGACCUCGCAAUCCAGCGCGGCUUGGGAAAAGGCGCAAGCCCAGCUCGAAUCGGACCGGCGCGCCCGCGAAGCUGCGCGCAAGGCCGCCGUGGAGUCGAGCUCGGGACAGUCGCUGUACGAGGUGCUGCAGGCCAACAAGGCGGCCAAGCAGGCGGCAUUCGAGGAGUCCAACAAGAUCCGGAACCAGUUCCGGGCGCUGGACGACGACGAGGUCGACUUCCUAGAGGAGGUGGAGGCGCGGGAGAGGAGGGAGGCCGAGGAGCAGAAACACGCCGAGGAGGUCGGGCUGAGGGAGUUCCGGGACGCGCAGAAGAAGCUGGAGGGCGCGACGGCGAGUGUGGAUGCCGCGGAGGAGGGCCAGGAAUUGGUCCCAGAGGUCGAUGCGGCGACGUUAGACGAGUGGAGCACCGGAGCCGCAAGGAAAAGGAAGAGGGAGAAAGAGCCCGUGAUCAAGGGGAUCAAGAGGAGGGCCAGCGAGAAUGCUAAAGACGGCUCCGAAAAGAAUAUCGCCAUGAAAGAUGAGCGACCACCGGCUUCCAGUCCCUCCUCAAAGGCCGGAACCACCAACUCGGGAAUCACGAAAGAUCAAUCGCCAGAGACUGCACGGCUAGCAGCUACUGCCAAGUCAAAAAUGGGUCUUGUUGACUACGGUUCCGACGAGGAUGAUGACGACUGA